GCCGCUCCCAGAUCUUGCAGAGCAGUUUGUCCCUCCUGAUGUCGCCCCGCCUCUGCUUAUCAAGCUCGUGGAAGCCAUUGAAAAGAAAGGUCUGGAAUGUUCAACCCUAUACAGAACACAGAGCUCCAGCAGCCUAGCAGAAUUACGACAGCUUCUUGAUUGCGAUGUGGCCUCUGUGGACCUGGAAAUGAUUGAUGUGCACGUUUUAGCAGACACUUUCAAACGCUAUCUCCUGGACUUACCAAAUCCUGUCAUUCCAGUAGCCGUUUACAAUGAGAUGAUUUCUUUAGCCCAAGAAAUACAAAGCUCCGAAGAAUACAUCCAGCUGUUGAAGAAGCUUAUUCGGUCGCCUAACAUACCUCAUCAGUAUUGGCUUACGCUUCAAUAUUUGUUAAAACAUUUCUUCAAGCUCUCUCAAACCUCCAGCAAAAAUCUCCUGAGUGAAAGACUGCUCUCUGAAAUUUUUAGCCCCAUGCUCUUCAGAUUCCCUGCCGCCAGCUCUGAUAAUACUGAACACCUCAUUAAAGUUAUAGAAAUUUUAAUCUCAACUGAAUGGAAUGAACGACAGCCUGCACCAGCACUGCCUCCUAAACCACCAAAACCCACUACUGUAGCCAACAACGGUAUGAAUAACAAUAUGUCCUUACAAGAUGCUGAAUGGUACUGGGGAGAUAUCUCGAGGGAAGAAGUAAAUGAAAAACUUCGAGAUACAGCAGACGGGACCUUUUUGGUACGAGAUGCAUCAACUAAAAUGCAUGGUGAUUAUACUCUUACACUAAGGAAAGGAGGAAAUAACAAAUUAAUCAAAAUAUUUCAUCGAGAUGGGAAAUAUGGCUUCUCUGACCCAUUAACCUUCAAUUCUGUGGUUGAACUAAUAAACCACUACCGGAAUGAAUCUCUAGCUCAGUAUAAUCCUAAAUUGGAUGUGAAAUUACUUUAUCCAGUAUCCAAGUACCAACAGGAUCAGGUUGUCAAAGAAGAUAAUAUUGAAGCUGUAGGGAAAAAAUUACAUGAAUAUAACACUCAGUUUCAAGAAAAAAGUCGGGAAUAUGAUCGAUUAUAUGAAGAAUAUACCCGUACUUCCCAGGAAAUCCAAAUGAAAAGGACAGCUAUUGAAGCAUUUAAUGAAACUAUUAAAAUAUUUGAAGAACAGUGCCAAACCCAGGAGCGGUACAGCAAAGAAUACAUAGAAAAGUUUAAACGUGAAGGCAACGAGAAGGAAAUACAGAGGAUUAUGCAUAAUUAUGAUAAGUUAAAGUCUCGAAUCAGUGAGAUUAUCGACAGCAGAAGAAGACUGGAGGAAGACUUGAAGAAACAGGCCGCCGAGUAUCGAGAAAUCGACAAACGUAUGAACAGCAUUAAACCAGACCUCAUCCAGCUGAGAAAGACCAGAGACCAAUACUUGAUGUGGCUGACUCAGAAAGGUGUUCGGCAGAAGAAGUUAAACGAGUGGCUGGGCAACGAAAACACUGAAGACCAAUAUUCACUGGUGGAGGAUGAUGAAGAUCUGCCCCACCAUGAUGAGAAGACGUGGAACGUCGGGAGCAGCAACCGAAACAAAGCUGAAAACCUGCUCCGGGGGAAGCGAGAUGGCACUUUUCUUGUCCGGGAGAGCAGUAAACAGGGCUGCUACGCCUGCUCGGUGGUGGUGGAUGGCGAGGUGAAGCACUGUGUCAUCAACAAAACGAACUGGUGCUACAUUACCAACACACCUCCCUCGUGCAGCACAAUGACUCCCUCAACGUCACACUAGCCUACCCAGUAUAUGCACAGCAGAGGCGAUGAAGCGCUUACCCUCUGAUCCUUCUCCUGAAGUUCAACCACCCUGAGGCCUCUGGAAAGCAAAGGGCUCCUCUCCAGCCUGACCUGUGAAUUGAGCGACGGAAGCAAAGCCAUCUGUCUUCAGAUGGGACUCAAGCUCUCUUGGACACAAAGGAAGUGGAGGGGAAGACGUGCAGCCUAGGGCUGUAUGAUGACCACGCGUUUCUAAUCCGGAGUACUUAUCAUACCUUCCUUUCCCUUUUGUUUUUUGGGGGGGUCCCCUUUGGUUUGAUUUAAAGCCACAAGGACACACAACACAAAGAGAAAAAGAAAUGCAAAAAUCUCUGCGUGCAGGGACAAAGAGGCCUUUAACCAUGGUGCUUGUUAAUGCUUUCUGAAGCUUUACCAGCUAAGAGUUGGGACUCUGGAGCCCGGAGGAUAGAUAGGCUGGAGAGCCCUGGCCUGGGGAUGUCAGGUCCAGCCUGGUUUAGCCUGGGUGUUGCUGUGUGCCGUGGACCCAGACACAGCGCACGGUGGAUUAUUUCAUUUCCUAACAAAUGAACGAUAUGUAGCAGAAAGGCACUUUCGCUUACAAGGGACACUUUGGGGAGAAUGUCAGUUCAUGUCUGUGCAAGAGAGAUUCUGUCAUAGCGAAGUGCCAGAAGGUGUUUAGACUUAUCAAAUAAACAAAAACCCGCCAACAGAAAAAUGGAGUUUGGAAAACAGGACUUAAAAUGACAUUCAGUAUAUAAAAUAUGUACAUAAUAUUGGAUGACCAACUAUCAAAUAGAUGGAUUUGUAUCAAUACCAAAUAGCUUCUGUUUUGUUCGCUGAAGGCUAAAUUCACAGCGCUAUGCAAUUCUUAAUUUUCAUUAAGUUGUUCUCUCAGUUUCAAAUGUACCUUCAGAAUAAGCUUCCCUACCCCAGUUUUUGUUGCUUGAAAAUAUUGUUGUCCCCAGUUUUUGUUAAUAUUCAUUUUGUUAUUCUUAUCCUUUUUUAAAAAAAAAAAAAAAAAGAAGAAGAAGAAAUGUACAGGAUGCCAGUUUAAAAAAAAAUGGCUUCAGAAUUAAAACUAUGAAAUAUUUUACAGUUUUUCUUGUACAGAGUACUUGGCUGUUGGCCCAAGGUUAAAAAGUUCAUAACAGAUUUUUUUGACUAAAUGUUUUGUUGGGCAGUGCCUGAUAAGCUUCAAAGCUGCUUUAUUCAAUAAAAAAGAAAAAGAAAAAGAUAUAUGAAUAUGACAAAGUAUCGCUGAGUCCAACAAUGUUUUAUGACUCUUAAAAUACGGUACCUGGCAAUGUUUGUUUCAUAAAGAAUUGUGAAGUUCUUGUAUCUGGGGGGGGGUUGUAGCUGAGGGUUGUCUUGGGUGGGGUGGUGGGAGGGUUGGCGAGGUGGUAUGCACUUUCUCUUUCUCAUGAUUACAGAGAAGAAGUGAUUAACUGCAGAGUGAAGUUGCUUAUACUUCAGGCUUUUUUCACUUUGAUUUGCUAGUUAUCAAUUAUGGCAGUUACAAACCUACUGUAACUCUAACCCGGUGCAGCUGGUCAGGUAUUUCAGUUCUCAUAAAGGAAGUGCCGAGAGUUUGUUUUGGGGUUCCUGGAACAGUGCUCACCUUUGUUUAGAACACUGGUUUGAAGGGAUCAUCUCUGCAUUUAGGAAAGGAGUCUUUCUCUUUUUCGUGUUAGACUCUCCAUGACCACCAACAAAUACUUAUUUUAGAAAAAGCAUGAUCUGAAAAAACACACGUGUAGUGGGAUGUUGGUUCCUUUCCUAGCUUUUCAUUCAGUUUAGAACAUAAAGCAGACAGACACCGUCACACUGUCACGGCUCUGGACUGUAUGGAGCUCAUGAGAGUCACAGCCAGUGCAGGAGUUCGAAUGGAGGUCCUCUUCAUCCAAGUCAUUGUAUGUGUUCGACUUCACGAUGGGGAAAAAGGAAGGAGCUGGUAGUGUAAUCUUUCCAACUGAGGGUGAGAGUGAAAGGUCUCGCUCCCUGGCUUACAUGUGCAAAAGCUGUUAUGUUCAGUAGGGAUUGUAGGUGUGCUGAGAGACCUAAAAAGAUGAAUCAUAAUCAUGGUCACUGCCCUGGUAUAUUAAAAUGAAAUCAUGCCGUUUCAGUUUCCUUUUCUCAACAACAGAUUCACCCACAGCUGUAUUUCUCUUCAAGUGAGAGUGAGGGCUUUUUGUUUUGUUGUUUUAAUGUUGUUCCUUUUUAAAAUAUUUUGAAAGAAUCAGUCUCGCAGCUGAGUAAAUCAUCUGUAGAAUGUAUUAUUUUUCCUCUUUACAUGAAGCUACUUAUACUCAAGCAGAAGGCAAUCCUACAGCCAUACUGCCAGCCCUCAGACUUGACUGUACUGAUCUGACCAUCUCCCUCUCACCACCAGAUAAUUGAUGAUUUCCCUGGUUUAGGUUUAGGUCUGUGUCUUUGCUUUAAAACUUCUGAUGGUGAUAUGCUUCCAGAUCACACAGAAGUCUAACAGUUAAUUCGUUAAUAACUAGGUGUGUGGGGUUUUUUUUUUUCCACUAGCACAUCAUGUAUGCUAUUAAAUACAAAUCAUUUUCAUUUAAUUCCUAAAAUAUAAGACCUGAGGUUGAAUGUUAAUUGAAUUAAAAGCUACAGUUCUGUGAAUGUUUCUGCUUCAACACCCUUCGCAAGAUGACAUGGUAUUUAGGCAGUUGCCUUGUUUUUGCGUCUCACAAGCCUAUGUGCAAUAGAUUUUUUUCAUUGAACAGCAAGGCGGGAUUCAUUCUUUCAUAUGACCGAGAGUUACACCAGACCUAUUCUGCCAAGUGACUGCUUUUUUGAUCGCAGUGUGGAGUGCCCAGUGCACUUCUCUUAGAUGUUUGGCCAGCAGGACACUUGGGGUCUAAUCAGUCACCUCCUAACAUCAUCUCAGUGGCUCACAAGUGUGGACGGAAACAGCAGAGGCUCUCCUUAUAUGUGAUUUUUAUCCGUGCAUCAGUUUCCCCCACUCAAUGUAGCAUUCUAAAGACAAAGCCAAAAGCUGAGCUGCAGAGAGGCUAUGAUAAGGUGUAGAAGCGGGAGAGUUGGGACCUCAUAUUUCACACAAGAGAGAUCACAACCAUGUGAAAAAGGCAGAAAGCAUGUGUCCGCGACAUCUGCUGACUUCACGGCCUUCGAUAUAUGUAUAUAUGUAUAUGUGCAUGGACUGUGUUUUCAGUACACCUUUCAGCCAAAACUGAUCCACCGUAGUUGAGUUCAAGUGCAUAACAAGCAAAUGUCUAGUACAAUUCUUACGUACGUGUAUGGGUUGUUUUGUUUCCUUUGAGGUUGCUUUGUUUUGUCUUAUAAAGGUGAAAAUUGUUUGCAAGUGAAGUGAGAAGUUCCGAUUUCUUUGGCUUUUUGGUGUUUUUAAAAGUUACUCCUUUUAAGGAGCUGGUCUGCCUGACUCGCUCAACUUGGAAACCCUCGUUUUCUGUGUCAAGUCGAAAUGUGUUUAUGUGAGCUGUCACUGUGGGAAACCAAUUGCUUUGUCAUAUAGCUGGUUAUGAGCUAGUAACGUGUCUGGAAAGUCCUACUGAUGUUCCUUAUUGGGAGAAAAAUUCUGCUGGUUUUAACAACUGUGCUUUUGCUAUGCAUGGUAUCCAAGUCAGUUGGAAAGCAGACCCUGAUGUCUUUGAGUUGAGGGUCAUUUAAGAAAGGGGCAGUUUAAAGCACAAUGCCUCACAUGGGACAAAGUUCCAAAAUGCCAAAUUCUGAUUUUUUAAUAAUCUAGUUAUAUAUAAUACUAGUAUUAUGGGUGGGGAGGAAAUAGAAUUGAGUCCAUUGGAAAGACCAUCCAACUUAACAUUAAAUUUGUCACCAUGAAAUAGCAUUAGCUGCCCAGGAUGCUGCUAUUUAAAAAAAAAAUAAAAAAAGCAAAACAAAACAAAAAACUCAUUUAUACCUGUGUGUUUUUUAAGGUUACAAUCUGUUCAAUGUUUUUACAAACCUGUUUCUAUGACAUUGUUAAAAUAAAGUCGGUCUUUUGACGAGAGGAAGGAUGUCACGGUCAGUUGUAAUUUUGCCUUUACAAGGCAACUGGGGUGGGGGGGAGGGGGAGCGUGCCUCCUUGACAUUUUGUUCAAGUUAUAGAUUCAAUGGAGCUAUGUCUUGUUGUUUUAAGUUGCUUUAAUGCAUUGUAUUAGGUCCUCAAACAGAAUAAAGGUUGUUUUGAAACUUAA